CAAUCAAGCUGAAGAAUCUUACACUUGACAUGUUCUCUUAAUCCAGUACUUAAAAUGGAAUUAAUUAUUUAUAUUUUGUCAACAUUUUUGGCAGGUGAAGCGGCGGGCCAUAUCAACCAUAAUACAAUAAAUACAGUAGAGUCACUGUAUGGCGGAACUCAUCCUCGGUAUUUUCAAAGAAUAAUUGAUGACAACACCAAUUCUACUGACAUAAUACCGAUUAACGGACCAUUGAACGAAGUUCUACAAGGUGAUGAUGAGUAUACUUUAGGCGGAGAAGUUGGUGAAGAAUUUACGAAUCCUUUAGACAGUAUGUCUCAAGCCAGUAUGCUCAGAAAUUCAUGCUGGGAUCCGAACACAGGUUUAGGCUACGCCAGGAAGUGCAAGCAAGCUUGUAGAACCACUUAUUCAACUGUUUGCUCACAAAGAAGAUGCCCCAAUGGUGUCUAUAAUAGAGCUUAUGCAUUUUGUAGGAUAACUUGCAGAUUAAAGUUUUGUGUAUAA